AUGGCUGUUGAUACAGAAUACUACGAAAUUUUGGGAGUAUCUCCGGACGUCUCAAGCCUAGAGAUUAAGAAGGCUUACAGGAAAUUGGCGGUCAAGUAUCACCCCGACAAGAAUCCAGAGGACCCUCAGGGUGCUAGCGAGAGGUUUCAGAAAAUCAGCGAGGCAUAUCAAGUUUUAGGAGACGAACAGCUUCGGUCUCGAUACGACUUGCAUGGAAAAGAAAAGGCCGUUCCAGAGCAAGGUUUUACUGACGCUUAUGACUUCUUUGCUAAUCUUUUUGGAGGCGCCCCUUUCCGUGAAUGGGUAGGAGAGCUUUCCUUUGUCAGGGAAAUGUUCCGAGAGGAAGAAGCCAUGCAAGAUGAGAUGACUCAAAUGAACAAGCAGCAGCUUCUUCUUGAUUCAGGAGAAGCAACCCCUACAAUAAAACAACAAUUUAAUGAGAGAAAAAAGAAUGCCCAAAUCCGCGAACGAGAGGCAGCUGCACAGCGGGAACAACAGAUGCUCGAAGAUAGGAAGAAACGGAUUUCUGAAGUCACAAAAAAUCUUCAAAAUCGUGUAGAUGGUUGGAUUGAAAAGAGUUCUACUGAGGAAGGAUUGCGGGUGGUUCGUGAGCAAUAUAGCAAAGAGGUAGAAACACUACGAAUUGAGUCAUUUGGUGUUGAAAUCCUACAAGCCAUGGGCGAUGUUUAUACCCAAAAAGCGCGAAACAUAAUCAAAUCAAGCAAAUUUGGAAUUGGCGGUUUUUGGAGUCGGAUGAAAGAAAAAGGAAAGAUUGCUCGCGAUACCUGGGAUACCUUAUCUGCAGCAAUGGAUGCUAAGCUUAGUAUUGAUCAAAUGCAAAAACUUGAGAGUAAAGCGGAUGAAGCUACUACGCCCGAAGAACGUGCAAAAUUAGAAAUGGAUAUUACAGGGAAAGUUUUGCGUGCCAGUUGGUGUGGCGCUCGAUACGAUAUUCAAGGUGUUUUACGAGAUGCUUGCAACAAUCUUUUACGAAAGAGUGUACCUGUCGACUUGAGAAUGAAGCGUGCAUACGCUCUUCUCGAAAUUGGCACCGUUUUUAGUCAGGUAGAAGCUGAUCCUGAUGAUCCUCAUAGAGUAUUUGAGAAUCUUAUCUUAGAAGAUAAGAAGAAGAAAAAAAAAAGGAAUAAGGAAAACGUUGCCAAAGAACCCCCUAAAACUUAA